GUACACCCUUUAAAAAGGCUUUUACACCUUGAUGAAGUUUCACAAGGAUAUCUUUAUCCUUUAGUUAUUUAGAAAACGUCUACUUGCGCUUUAAACAAACCAGAAACCAAUAGGCUCAAGAACUUGUAUAAUGAAACAUUAAGACUUUUUUGAGCUACAAAACUACCUCAAGAUUUCCACAUAACCAUUUGUUUCUGACUAGAAAAAAAAGCUUUUUGGUGAACCUAAGAAUCGCCGAAGAACCUUUAUUUUGUGCGGUGCGCGCCCCCGUGCACACAGGCACAGCACAUCUUAAAUAUAUUGCGCGGUCACGAGGCAGACACUCUCCCUCGGUCAGCUUCGACUGUCUUUAGUAAGACGCGCGCCACGGCGAUAGAUACAAGCGUUUAGACACCAGGCGUACGUACAUGUGCGCGGUGAAAUGCUGGAUUGACUAACACUGAAGAUCGCGGGGAUCAAUGGCGCGCGGCUUUGAGAUCGUUUAAAAUUUAUUGGAAGGGAGAGUGUGAGAGAGAAAGGGAAGAGAGAGAGAGAGAGAGAGAGAGAGAGAAGAAAACAGUGUCUUCCAACAAUGGAACUUACAAUGGAAAACAUUGGCAAUCUGCACGGCGUGUCACACUCCCAUCAAACGGGGGACUUGAUGAACUCUCCACACGCGCGACAGUCGGCGACACAUAGGAACUUGGUGUCAUCGCAUGGGAGGUCAGCGAUGGUGUCCAGCAUGGCCUCGAUACUGGACGGGGCUGGGGAGUAUCGCACGGACCAUUCGCUGUCCGGUCCUCUGCAUCCAGCGAUGACCAUGUCGUGCGAUUCGAGCAUGAGCCUGAGCAGCACUUACACCACCCUUACGCCGCUGCAGCACCAUCUGCCUCCCAUAUCCAACGUCUCAGAGAAAUUUCACCACCACCCGCACCCUCACGCUCAUCACCAUCCCGCGCACCAGCGUCUCGCCGCCGGGAACGUCAGCGGCAGCUUCACGCUGAUGCGGGAUGACCGGGGCCUCGCGUCUAUGAGUAACCUAUACGGCCACUACUCCAAAGACUUGUCCGGGAUGGGACCACCUUUAUCGCCUCUUUCUAACGGCCUUGGGUCUUUGCACAACUCUCAACAGACUCUGAGCGCGUACGGUCCGACUGCUUACCUGGGGAACGACAAGAUGAUUUCUACGGGAGGCUUCGAGACUCACGCUGCGAUGCUCGGCCGCGGUGAGGAGCACCUGGCGCGGGGUUUAGGGGGCCACGGGGCGGGCAUCAUGUCUUCUCUCAACGGCAUCAACCACCACCACCACCACCACCACAGUCACUCACACUCUCAGGCGAACGGGUCGGUGCUGUCGGAGCGGGACAGGCAGGCAGCAGGAGGCGGCGGACAGGGUGGUGGGUCAGGGCAGGUGGAGGAGAUCAACACUAAAGAGGUGGCUCAGCGGAUAACGGCAGAGUUAAAGAGGUACAGCAUCCCACAGGCCAUCUUUGCCCAGAGGAUCUUGUGUCGCUCUCAAGGAACUCUCUCGGACCUCCUGCGGAAUCCCAAACCCUGGAGUAAACUCAAGUCAGGUCGGGAGACGUUCAGACGGAUGUGGAAGUGGCUGCAGGAACCCGAGUUCCAGCGCAUGUCGGCCCUGAGGCUUGCAGCUUGCAAACGUAAGGAACAGGAGCAGCACAAGGAACGCAAUAUGGCACCCAAGAAGCAGCGUUUGGUCUUCACUGACCUGCAGCGCCGCACACUCAUCGCCAUUUUCAAGGAGAACAAGCGGCCCUCGAAGGAAAUGCAGCUGACCAUCUCACAGCAGCUUGGACUGGAACUAAACACCGUCAGCAACUUCUUCAUGAACGCACGUCGCCGCUGCGUUGACCGCUGGCAUGAGGAACACCAUCACGGCCAUGUAGCCAGUCCCGGCCAGCCAGGCACCUCCGCCACCACCUUCUCCAAAGCUUAAAUCUAAAUCCCUUUUACCCUGGGCGACUGAGACUGGAUCAGUCCAACCUCACAGUCACCCGUUGCGUGCCAAUCAAUCCCACUGCUGCCAAAAAAAAUGGCGAUGUUUCAUGUUAAAUGCAACCUUUUACUUUGUGACUGUUAUGAAAUCAAGCCAAACAUCUCCACAUGGAAAAGCACCACAUUAUAUUAAAAUAAACCACAACAAAGUGAGCUGAAAUGGUCUGUUCGUGCGGCUGAGGACAAACGAGCACUUUCACAGCUCACAGCACAGAAGGCUUGUUACUCAAGCAAGGUUGUCAAAGAAAGCCACCACCUGCAUCAUCACUCUCAGGCCCACGGCGGCACAAUUCCCUAAUGGCCAGUUGUUUCACUGAGGCUCUCAGAUCAUAUGCUAAGCUAAUGAAUUGAGAGACUAAUCGAUACGGACAGAAAAGCGAAGGACGCCGACCUCUACUGAAGGUGAAAUGGAACGAGCUCCCUCAACAAGGACUCGCACAUUCGCCCACUAUGGCUCUCCUUACGGUUUAUUUUGCACAGAUGGAAAUGUUUCAUGGCACUUGUGGUUAACACGUGUUCUUAUAAUCCAAACUGUCCGUAAUGCAACAAGCAAACCAGUUGACAACAGUCUUCAAGUCUGAGGACAAAAUACUGGACCAUUUUUAGCAAAAUGUGCACCAUUUUUGAUCUUGACAGACUGCAACCUAUGACAUUUCAACUAUGAAUAGAAUAUUUUUCAUUCCAUAUAGAUACACAAUAGGCAAAUGUCAAGACAGGUACAGCCAAACACAACGAGGCACAUUUUAAACACGUAUGGAAAUAUUUGUUACAAAAUGCUACAUCCACACGCAACUGAAAUCUUACUGACAAAUCAAAUAUUUUCUUUAUUCUGCAAAGUGGACAAGGGGUAAACACAGUUCAAAAUGUUACACUAAAUCUAGUGCCAAUAAUGUUUGCCUUAAUAUAAUAUAAAAGUUCACAUACCCUCAGCCAGAGUCCACUCCCAAACCGGCAUUAUGUGCCAUAGCAACCAACAAUCAUCUUUUAAAAAGAAUCAGAAUCUUUUUUAAAACAAAAAUAUGAAAAUAAUCAAUGCUUUAAAUGAUUCAGUACAGCUAGUAUGAUAAAACCAAAUAAAAAGGUAGAAAUAUCUCUACAGCAACACAACAGAAAAACUAAAAAAUAUCUCUACAGCAACACAAGAAAAACACUUUCUCCUCCUCUUUAACCCCUAUUUUUCUUUUGAUUUCUCUCCCACUUGCUUUCUCUUCAUAAUAUUAAAGCGGGUAAUUGAUACAAAAUAUUUCUAUUUCUUAUUAAACUUGUGAUCUGUGCAUAUGUAAGGCACCUUGUUGAUCAUUUGAAAAAUCCAUU